UCCAUCUCUCCAUCCCUCCAUCCUUCAGUCCUGAGCGCGCGCUCCAGCUGGGCUUGGGCUCCAGAGGUAAAGCAAAAAACCGCUCUGCUGCUGCCAAGAGAGAUUUCACAAAGAAGAAGAACGAGAAUCGUUGCAGAAAUGGCUCUCCUGAAAUGCGGAUGGCUUUGGAGGCAGAGUUCGAUCCUGAGACGCUGGAAACGGAACUGGUUCGUCUUGUGGGUGGACGGGGCCCUCGUCUAUUACCACGAUGACACCGGCCACGACAUGGACGGGCGCAUCAACGUCAAGUUCAACUGCCGGGACGUCCGGAUAGGGCGCGAGUGUCGUGACAUUCAGCCGCCGGAAGGACGAACCCGCGAGUGUCUGAUGUGCAUCGUGCAAAGAGACGGAUCCAAAACCAUGCUCUGCGCCGAAAGCGAGGACGACGCCGUAGCCUGGAAGAUAGCGAUCCUGGAGGCAAAAGCAACCCAGGUUCAUUUGUACGACCCAUACGAUGACUACUACCAGACGGUGCCCCUCGACUCCCACCAGACGGUGUACGUCAGCAACGAUUACUACGGCCAGCAGUACGGAGCUUCUGGAGUGACCCACGUCAUUUUCCGCGAGGACCCUUCCCGCGUCUCCGGGGACCAGAUGGCACUGGGGCUGCUGGCCGGAGCUGCAUCCGGAGCGGCGCUGGGUUCCUUCAUGUGGAUGCCCUGCUGGUUCUGAGCCCCCCCAUCGGCCAACUCCGCCCCAGCCCUGCCUCCACCACGCUCAGCGCAAGACGCCUCCGACGUUCCCCUGGAGAGGACCACUCUCGCGUGGAAGCCGGGGGCAGUGGGGUGGGUCUGCAGCUACAACGGGCAAGCAGGCAUGUUCUAUCAUUUCAUAAUUGUGGCACCCCCAUCACGCUUUGCCCCACCAGCCGACACAGCUCUUAGCAUCCCUGGAGCUGGGACUCUACUCUAGGUUUCGGAUGGUUCCAAGAGAGUCUCCAAGGUGCUGAACCUAGCAUGGAGUUUGAAUCCAGCACCUUGGGCAGUUCCCAGGAAACUAUGACACGGGAGCCGCAAACACCCAACCGUCCCCGACCAAAUAUAAUGCCGAUGUUCCAUUGGCAUCUUAUACCCAUGGCACAAAAGGGGUCCUCUUGUGGUGUCAGGCAAGGUAGCACCCAUAAAACCAUGACAUGGGAACCACAAAUAAGCCAGGCUCUUAAUGUCUCUGGAUCCGGGAAUCUACUCUAGUUUUCGGAUGGUUCCAAGAGAGCUCUCCAAGGUGCUGAACCUAGCAAAGAGUUUUAAUUUAGCACCUUGGGCAGUUCCCAGGAAACUAUGACACGGGAGCCGCAAACACCCAACUGUCCCCGACUGAAUAUAAUGCUGAUGUUCCAUUGGCAUCUUAUAACCAUGGCACAAAAGGGGUCCUGUUGUGGUGGCAAACGUGACAUGGGAACCACAAAUUAUCCAGGCUCUUAAUGUCUCUGGAUCCGGGAAUCUACUCUAGGUUUUGAAGAACCCCAAGAGUGCUCUCCAAGGUGCUGAACCUAGUAUAGGGUCUUGAUUCAGCACCUUGGUAAGCGCCCAUGAAAUCAUGAAAUGGGAGCCAAAAACACCCAACCAUCUCCGAUAUGACAAGUCACUGGCUGCAUUGGCAUCUUAUAGCCAAGCAUAUUCAUGGUACAAAAGGCCCCUCUUGUGAUGGGCGCUGUAUGAUUUACCCCCCACGAUUGCCCCACUUGGCUCUGCUUGGAAAGCCGGUCAAUGAACCAGCUAGGUGCCCAAACCACCCUUUGCCCCACCUGCCCACACAACUCUUAGCAUCCCUGGAGCUGGGAAUCUAUUCUAGGUUUCGGAUGGUUCCAAGAGAGCUCUCCAAGGUGCUGAACCUAGCAUAGUUUUAAUUCAGCACCUUGGGCAGUUCCUGGGAAACUAUGGCACGGGAGCCGCAAACACACAACCGUCCCCGACCGAUUAUAAUGCCGAUGUUCCAUUGGCAUCUUAUAACCAUGGCACAAAGGGGUCCUCUUGGUGUGUCAGACAAGGCAGCACCCAUAAAACCGUGAAAUGGGGACCACAAAUAAGCCAGGCUCUUAGUCUCUGGAUCCGGGAAUCUAUUCUAGGUUUUGAAGAAUCCCAAGAGAGCUCUCCAUGGUGCUGAACCUAGUAUAGGGUAUUGAUUCAGCACCUUGGUAAGCGCCCAUGAAACCAUGAAAUGGGAGCCGCAAACACCCAACCGUCCCCGACCAAAUAUAAUGCCGAUGUUGCAUUGGCAUCUUAUAACCAUGGCACAAAGGAGGUCCUCUUGGUGUGUCAGGCAAGGCAGCACCCAUAAAACUGUGACAUGGGAACCACAAAUAAGCCAGGCUCUUAGUGUCUCUGGAUCUGGGAAGAACUCCAAGAGUGCUCUCCAAGGUGCUGAACCUAGUAUAGGGUCUUGAUUCAGCACCUUAGUAAGCGCCCAUGAAAUCAUUACAUGGGAACCACAAACACCCAACCAUCUCCGAUACAACAAAACUCUGAUGCAAGUCACUGACUGCACUGGCACAUCUUAUAGCCAAGCAUGUUCAUGGCUUCAAAAGGCCCCUCUUGUGACGGGUGUGAUUUACGGGUAUGAUUUACCCCCCGUGAUUGCCCCACUUGGCUCUGCUUGGAAAGCCAGUCAAUGAACCAGCUAGGUGCCCAAACCACCCUUUGCCCCACCUGCCCAUACAACUCUUAGCAUCCCUGUAGCUGGGACUCUACUCUAGCUUCCGGAUGGUUCCAAGAGAGCUCUCCAAGGUGCUGAACCUAGGAUAGAGUUUUAAUUCAGCACCUUGGGCAGUUCCUAGGAAACUAUGACACGGGAGCCAUGAACACCCAACCGUCCCUGACCGAAUAUAAUGCCGACAUUCCAUUGGCAUCUUAUAACCAUGGCACAAAAGGGGUCCUCUUGUGGUGUCAGACAAGGCAACCGUGACAUGGGAACCACAAAUAAUCCAGGCUCUUAGGGUCUCUGGAUCCGGGAAUCUAUUCUAGGUUUUGAAGAAUCCCAAGAGAGCUCUCCAAGGUGCUGAACCUAGUAUAGAGUUUUAAAUUCAGCACCUUGGGCAGUUACUAGGAAAGUAUAACACUGGAGUCGCAAACACCCAACCGUCCCCAACCGAAUAUAACGCCGAUGUUCCAUUGGCAUAACCAUGGCACAAAGGGGUCCUCUUGGUGUGUCAGACAAGGCAGCACCCAUAAAACCGUGACAUGGGAACCACCAAUUAUCCAGGCUCUUAAGUGUCUCUGGAUUUUGGGAAUCUACUCUAGGUUUUGAAGAACCCCAAGAGAGCUCUCCAAGGUGCUGAACUAGUAUAGGGUCUUGAUUCAGCACCUUGGUAAGCGCCCAUGGAACCAUGACAUGGGAGCCACAAACAAACAUUUCUAAUACGACAAAACUACUUGAGAGAAAAGUAGGAUAGAAAUGCAAUCGAUCGAUCAGCUAAUUGUAGUUCAAAGAAGUUACCUUUUUGGGGGGGGGGGUCUGUACAGAGCACAGCACAUUAUAAGCACAGAAGUUUUCCAAACAUGGCAACUUUGUCAAUGUUUUGGGAACAAAUACAAGAUAGUAAUGAAGGUGAUGAUAAGAUGUAUUUAUUUAUACCAGUCACGGGCAAACUUCGGCCCUUUCUCCAGGUAUUUUGGACUUCCACAAUUCCUAACAGCUGGUGGGAGUUGGAGUCCAAAACAACUGGGGGGGGGGGGUCCAAGUUUGCCUGCUCUAUAGGCAGCUCGUAGGACAUUGCACAAGGAAAUAAUCACUCCAUAGUGAAGCUGUCCAAUUUGCUGUGUUCAGUACCAUGGAUAGCCUCAUUAAGGCUACUCAAAAAACCUGGACUGGAUUCAUCUUCCCACUGACAUGGCAUCUAUCAGCUGUUUGCCUCCAUUGAUCCAAAUAGUAAAAUGGGAGCAAGUUAUAAGGGAACACUGUGGCCCUCCUAGUUCCCAGCCUUGGACUCCAUUUGAAAUAAGCUAUCCCAUGUGCUGGAUUCUAUAUUUCUUUGGUGCAAUGGAUAGCUUAAUUAAGGUUAUCUGGAAAAACCCGAAUCGGAUUCCUCAUCCCACUGACAUGGAGACUAUUGGUUUCCUAUCGACCCAAAUAGCAACAUGAGAGCAAAUUACAAUUUUAUGUCUGUUGCCCAUCUAGGCACCAAUUAUAAGUCUGUGGGUUAAAAGAUGCACCAACACCAUCAAUGAGGAUCACAGCCUCGGACCACAGUUCCCACAAUCCUCAGCACAGCCAGUAUCUGGAGAUCCUGGGAGUUGUAGUCCCCUGAAAGGCACUUUCUUUAAUACUUCCUGCUUGUACACACACAACCGUACCAAGAUACACCUGCGUUCUCACAGGAGGAACAAGGAGAGGACACUGCCAAAACCCUCUCGAGGUCCAACAGCACAAAACUUGUAGGUCUUGCUUCGCUUGCCACGUUUCCGUGUCCGGGUUCCGUGUGUCGGCUUGCAGCCUUUUUUUGGUUCUGCCAGACGUCGUUCGAAAACACUAAUACUUAAUUAUGUAUAUUUUGGAAGAAAAAGAAACGCUAUUUAAGAAUAAAAAGAUAUAUAUGUUGCUAUUCA